UUAAUCUCUGCAAAAUGGAGGAUCACUCUUCUAAUCACUUUCCCACUUCUUCUUCUUCCUCUCUCUUGGAGGGUUUUGAUAUGGGAAUCAAGAGAGAGAGAUUCCACGUGGCUGAAAAACCUAGGGCAUUCUUGUCUGAGGAAAACUGUGAUAGGAUGAUGAUGAUGAUGAAGAAGAAGAAGAAGAAGAAGAAGAAGAGUGAGAAGAAAGUGAAAAUGCCUAGAUUUUCGUUUCAGACGAGAAGCUCGGUUGAUAUUCUUGAUGAUGGUUAUCGAUGGCGGAAAUAUGGCCAGAAAGCAGUCAAGAACAAUAAAUUUCCUAGAAGUUACUACCGGUGCACUCGUGAGGGGUGCAACGUGAAGAAGCAAGUCCAAAGGCUAUCGAGAGACGAGAGCAUCGUCGUCACAACAUAUGAAGGGAAGCACACACAUCCGGUGGAAAAACCAAGCGACAAUUUCGAACAAAUUCUCAGUCAGAUGCAGAUUUACCCUAGUGUUUGAAAAUAAUGUUGCGUAACUCAAAUUAUAGUAUCCAAUUUCAGGUACACAUAGCAUGAUAGCAACAUAUAUAUCAUGUCGAAGAUUGUACGUAGAUUAUUUAUGUGUAGUGUGUCAAAUAUAAAUUUCAACCAGAAAUAAUAAUCUCUUGAUUCAUUAAUUUAUUCGAACAUGAUUUUUUUUGAGGGGGAAAUAGUCAUGU